GGAGGGUCGAGGGUCCCUGUCCCCUCCUGCUCCUUGGGAAACGAGGGGACCAGCGGCGGGGCUGAGAUUUGGCGGUGUGGUGGCUGAGUGCGACACCCCGCGAGCGCAGGCAGCGGAGGCGCCGCGGUUGCUCCGGGCGCCGCGAUAGGCAGGUGUGUGUGUGUCCAACGGGCGACGCGCGCUGCCAGCUCGUAGGCUGGCGACAGAUUGUGCUGGAAUGCAAGGAAUGCACCAGGGACAGAGUCCGCACGGGCCGCGGCCGCACUAGCGCCUUCCCGGCCCUGCUUUCCCCGCGCAGCCAGAGGUCACGGAGCAUCUUCAGAGCUGGAGGAAUGCCCGCCCCUGAACAGGCCUCACUGGUGGAGGAGGGGCAACCACAGACUCACCAGGAAGCUGUCUCCACUGGCCCAGGCAUGGAACCCGAGACCACAGCCACCACUAUUCUAGCUUCCGUGAAGGAGCAGGUGUUUACAUCCCUGAGUACAUUGGGAUGACUGGCAUGUAGAGCUGCUCCAGCUGCCAGUCAGAAUCGGAACAUGCAGGAUACUUGUGCGUCUGCAAGAGCUUCAGUUUCAACGACUCACCCGAGAACUGGAAGUGGAAAGGCAGAUUGUUGCCAGUCAGCUAGAAAGAUGUAGGCUUGGAGCAGAGUCGCCAAGCAUCGCCAGCACCAGCUCAACUGAAAAGUCAUUUCCUUGGAGAUCAACAGAUGUGCCAAAUACUGGUGUAAGCAAACCUAGAGUUUCUGACACUGUCCAUCCCAACAACUAUCUCAUCAGGACAGAGCAGGAACAAGGGACACUCUACUCACCAGAACAGACGUCUCUCCAUGAAAGUGAGGGAUCAUUGGGAAACUCAAGAAGUUCAACCCAAAUGAAUUCUUAUUCUGACAGUGGGUACCAGGAAGCAGGGAGUUUCCACAACAACCAAACAGUGAGCAAGGCAGACAGUAGACAGCAUCCAUUCACGGGACCAACGAGUAACCACGUGGUGAGGAAUUCGAGAGCUGAAGGACAAACACUGGUUCAGCCAUCAGUAGCCAAUCGGGCCAUGCGAAGAGUUAGUUCAGUUCCAUCUAGAGCACAGUCUCCUUCUUAUGUCACCAGCACAGGCGUGUCUCCUUCAAGGGGGUCACUGAGAACUUCUCUGGGUAGUGGAUUUGGCUCUCCGUCAGUGACCGACUCCCGACCUCUGAACCCCAGUGCUUACUCCUCCACCACGCUCCCUGCUCAGCGGGCCGCCUCUCCAUACUCACAGAGACCCGCCUCCCCAACAGCUGUGCGCCGGGUUGGCUCUGUCACCUCCCGACAGACCUCCAAUCCUAACGGACCAGCCCCUCAAUACCAGACCACCACCAGGGUGGGGUCCCCACUGACCCUGACAGAUGCCCAGACUCGAGUAGCUUCCCCAUCCCAAGGCCAAGUGGGGUCAUCGUCCCCCAAACGCUCGGGCAUGACUGCCGUACCACAGCAUCUGGGACCUUCAUUGCAAAGGACUGUUCAUGACAUGGACCAAUUCGGACAGCAGCAGUAUGACAUUUAUGAGAGGAUGGUUCCACCUCGGCCAGACAGCUUGACAGGCUUACGGAGUUCCUAUGCCAGCCAGCACAGUCAGCUUGGGCAAGAACUUCGUUCGGCUGUGUCUCCUGACUUGCAUAUCACUCCUAUCUAUGAAGGGAGGACCUACUACAGUCCAGUGUACCGCAGCCCAAACCAUGGAACUGUGGAACUCCAAGGAUCGCAGACAGCAUUGUACCGCACAGGCUCAGGUGUUGGAAAUCUACAAAGGACAUCCAGCCAACGAAGCACCCUUACAUACCAAAGAAAUAACUAUGCUCUAAACACAGCAGCUACCUACGCAGAGCCCUACAGGCCAGUACAGUACCGAGUCCAAGAGUGCAGUUACAACAGGCCGCAGCACACAGGGCCAGCUGAUGACGGCGCCACAAGAUCCCCAUCAAUAGACAGCAUUCAGAAGGACCCCAGGGAGUUUGCCUGGCGCGACCCUGAGCUGCCAGAAGUCAUUCACAUGCUGCAACACCAGUUCCCGUCCGUCCAGGCAAACGCCGCAGCCUACCUGCAGCACCUGUGCUUCGGGGAUAACAAAGUGAAGAUGGAGGUGUACAAGCUAGGGGGAAUCAAGCAUCUGGUUGACCUUUUGGACCACAGAGUCUUGGAAGUUCAGAAGAAUGCUUGUGGAGCCCUCCGAAACCUUGUGUUUGGCAAGUCUACAGACGAAAAUAAAAUAGCAAUGAAGAAUGUCGGUGGGAUCCCUGCCUUGCUGCGACUGCUGAGAAAAUCUAUUGAUGCAGAAGUAAGGGAGCUUGUUACAGGAGUUCUUUGGAAUUUAUCCUCAUGCGAUGCUGUAAAGAUGACAAUCAUUCGAGAUGCUCUCUCAACCUUAACGAACACUGUGAUCGUUCCACAUUCUGGGUGGAAUAACUCUUCCUUUGAUGAUGAUCAUAAAGUUAAAUUUCAGACCUCACUGGUUCUGAGGAACACGACAGGCUGCCUGAGGAACCUCAGCUCUGCAGGGGAGGAAGCGCGAAAGCAGAUGCGGUCCUGUGAGGGGCUGGUGGACUCAUUGUUGUAUGUGAUCCACACGUGCGUGAACACUUCUGACUACGACAGCAAGACAGUGGAGAACUGUGUGUGUACCCUGAGGAACCUGUCAUAUCGGCUGGAGCUGGAAGUCCCGCAGGCCCGGCUGCUCGGACUCAAUGAACUGGAUGACUUCCUAGGAAAAGAGUCGCCCAGCAAGGACUCAGAACCAAGCUGCUGGGGCAAGAAGAAGAAAAAGAAAAAGAGAACUCCACAAGAGGAUCAAUGGGAUGGAGUCGGGCCUAUCCCUGGACUGUCCAAGUCCCCCAAAGGAGUGGAGAUGCUGUGGCACCCGUCAGUGGUAAAACCCUAUCUGACUCUGUUAGCAGAAAGUUCCAACCCAGCCACCUUGGAAGGCUCUGCCGGAUCUCUCCAGAACCUCUCUGCUGGCAACUGGAAGUUUGCAGCAUACAUCCGGGCAGCUGUCCGCAAAGAAAAGGGACUCCCCAUCCUUGUUGAGCUGCUGAGGAUGGAUAACGACAGAGUUGUCUCUUCUGUGGCCACCGCCUUGAGGAAUAUGGCGUUGGAUGUUCGAAACAAGGAGCUCAUAGGUAAAUACGCCAUGCGAGACCUGGUCAACCGGCUUCCCGGCGGCAACGGCCCCAGCAUACUGUCCGAUGAGACCGUGGCAGCCAUCUGCUGUGCUCUUCAUGAGGUCACCAGCAAAAACAUGGAGAACGCCAAAGCGCUGGCCGACUCAGGAGGGAUAGAGAAGCUUGUGAACAUAACCAAAGGCAGAGGAGACAGAUCCUCUCUGAAAGUGGUGAAGGCGGCAGCCCAGGUCUUAAAUACCUUAUGGCAGUAUCGGGACCUCCGGAGCAUUUACAAAAAGGAUGGGUGGAAUCAGAACCAUUUUAUUACACCUGUGUCCACGCUAGAGCGAGACCGAUUCAAAUCACACCCUUCUCUGUCCACCACCAACCAACAGAUGUCACCCAUCAUUCAGUCAGUUGGCAGCACCUCUUCCUCACCAGCACUGUUAGGAAUCAGAGACCCUCGCUCUGAAUACGAUAGGACCCAGCCACCUAUGCAGUAUUACAAUAGCCAAGGGGACGCCACACAUAAAGGCCUGUACCCUGGCUCCAGCAAACCUUCACCAAUUUACAUCAGUUCCUAUUCCUCACCAGCAAGAGAGCAAAAUAGACGACUACAGCACCAACAGCUGUACUAUCAAGAUGACUCCUCCAGGAAGACCUUGGAUGCUUACAGAUUGUACUUGCAGUCUCCUCGUAGCUAUGAAGACCCUUACUUUGAUGACCGAGUUCACUUUCCAGCUUCUACUGAUUACUCAACACAGUAUGGACUGAAAUCAACCACAAAUUACGUAGACUUCUAUUCCACUAAAGGACCUUCUUACAGAGCCGGACAGUACCCAGGGUCCCCGGACUCCUGGGUGUAGUAGCAUCAAGACGCCCGCCUGCCUGGGAACUCUGUCUUUCUAACUUUGCUUGGAUUGAGGUGGAAAGUCCGUCUUGCUGAUUUGAUGAAAUGUGAAAGUGAAAUGGAAGGAAUGAGUGAAGAGUAUUUUUUUUUUCUUUUUGAGGAAUUUUCAGGGAAGUGAGGAAACCCUUGGGAGAGGACUUUCUGAGCUCUGUGUAGGUGUUAGGUCUAAUUACAUGUAGAUUCUAGUGGUGAAGGUGUGGGUGAUGUGUCGAGAGGUUUGAGAAAUGGGUGAAAUGAGAUGGGGUAUGUGUAGGUCAAAUCAAAUUACAGAUGAUUUUUUUAAUGUGAAUAAAGUUAUGUUCAGAUAGUUUGUACAGAAAAAAAUAAUAAAAUGGAUGCCCUUCAUGUUUUAUUGCUAUUACUAAAUGUCAAGAUUGUAUGCUAUUAUGUCUUGUAAAAAUUUCUUCUGUUGGUGUAAAUACGGAAAUGCCACAUUGGUUAAGUGCCAUCAUUUGUAAUGCAGUGUGACGUUUGAAAAGAGAUUUGAAGAACUGACAGCCUGAAACACAAGUGGGAAUCCCAAGGAACUAUUCCAGUUGACAGCAAACUCUGGCAUCCUGUUCUCAGUGCAUAGUGAACCGGAAGCACAGGGCUCAGUGUGACAGCCACGCCAUGCUCAUCCCGCCUCUUUCACAGGACACUUCACUGCCAUUUUCUAUGCACAUGGAAGAAUAAUAAAUGUGGAAAUUUCAUCCUGGAAAA